AUGUGUAACGGUCACAAUGUCAUCACUAAGGCUUGUGGAGACGACGAUCCGUGCGCGAUUGCACCCCGCCUUAUGCAGCUGCUCCAUCUAAGCCCCUACCAUCCUGCAGUUUCAGGAAUGAUCAUUCCGCAAAGGUUGCAGCAAACACCGCCGCAUUCAUCACCACGACAUGUUCGACAGGCCGCAAGACAUCGUCGUGGCACUGAAAGCCCACAGUCUCUACCACUUCCAGCUCGGCCUCAGGAUGCAGAGAAGGUCGAGCUCGGCGCCGAGACACAGAUCGACGGGUCAUCAGGCGACGAGGCGCUCGAGCGGCGUGUGAUCCUGCAGAGGUCAUAUCAUGUCUUCCUCUUGAAGCAGGUGACGAUAAUGGGGUGCGCCCAGUCUAAAUUGCGUGGAGAGGCCGCUACCACAGACUUGAUUGCAGCGUGCGUAUCCCGGGUCGAAACAUUGCUGCACGAGUGCAACGUGCUCAUCGAGGCUGUGCGACAGGCGGACCGCGAGGACAGGAAAGAAUGGAAGUGGAAAGGCUCGACGCGCACCACGCACAGGCGAACCAACGGAGACGUGCUCGCUAUACAGUCUGAGUGCUAUGAUGAGAUCAUUGCAUAUCUGGAGGAUACGCUCAAGACCAUGCAUGACCAGUACUGGGACGACGAGCUGGAGAAGGCUCAUUGCGGGCGACACUACUGGAAGGGCGAACAUUUGUAA